CACAAUGGCGGGAAACCAGAACCUUACAAUAACAAGGCCAAUCUCCUCCUCGCUUGUGACUGAUUCAAAAGCUAAAGGGAAGUUAAUGAAAGAGAAUUGGCAUAUGCUGUAUGGCAUGUUUUGGGAAUUUUUGAUCUCAAUGCUAAUUGUUUCGACUUCGGUGUAUGGACUAAUAUUAUUCAACAAACUAUAUGCUUAUGUGCUUGCCCUCGGAACCGUGUUGGCCGCGAUUAGUGUUAUUCAGGGAGUCGGAAAAGCUUAUUUUACGUAUUUGCUACAUAUUGGACGUUUUGAUAUCUUGAGCGCAUGGAGUCGGAACACACUCGUCAGCUUAUUAUACGGCACUGUCUAUCGCGACGAGAUUCUCCAAACUAGACGACAUCGCUCGUCUCACGAUACCUCAACAGCAAAUAGAGCAAACUCAGUGGUGAUUAAUAUUGGUGAUCGUUAAACAUGCAUGGAUGCACCAAGUACAGUACGUACACUACAAUAAUAUGUAUAUAUAAAUUUGAUGUUUUAUGUGUACGUACUGCAGAUUCAGAUACAAAGAAAGAGUUGAUGAACGAGUAUUACAUUUAUAUGGACAUCCGGAUUGUGGUUUUCAUCGGGUCGAUAUUUCUCGCUUGCUCUAUGACUUUUCUCGUAAAAAAAUUUAAAAAACCGGAGGUUCUUCCUAUGGAUGUCGCUGCAGUUGUUAUGGCCACGGUUUGUUUUAUUCUGAUCGUCGAAAAAGUUAUUAUGAUGGUUUUACUCCAUAGUGGGUGCCAAAGCUGCGUGCGCGCGUGGAGUCGGAACAUGUUAGUCAGGUUAUUAUUCGACCAUAUCGAAGCCAACGCCAUUUUCGACCGUAUUCAAGAUAACGAAGCAUACCUGCAGUAAUUACACCUCAUCAUGAUAAUCAUCUUCAAUUGGUGGUAUCCCAAUAGUAUUUACAUCUUAUCUUCAUUGUCUUACAUUCACUAGAUCUAAUUCAAUUUAGUAUAUAUAAUUAGGUGUAUUUUUUUUAUUUUUUUUCAUUCGAUCCUUUAUAUAUCCCUACAUGUUAGAUUUUGUAAUUGUCAAGAAAAUAUUCAUCUUAUUUAUAUUAUAUAUUAGCAAAAA